AUGUGCCGCUGGCUCGUUUAUUGUGGGAGUGACCCGAUCCUGAUGUCCGACCUCAUCUUUGCGCCGACCAACUCGCUCAUUCACCAGUCGUUCAACGGAGGGUUCCACCCUGGCCUCUCCGACCAGAACAACAUGCAGGACGGCGCUCCCCGCGAGACACUCCUACGCAACUCGCAUCUCAUCGUUGGCGUCGGUUGUCCCCGCGAGCGCUUCUGCGCAGCCCUCACCUCACCGAAUAUUGCCGGCGACAUGGCUCGGGUCGGGGCCGCCGCGUCGGCGCACGCGAUCGGCGAGUGUGAGGACGCGACCGAAGAGUGCAACGAGUGCACGACCGGCUGCAACGCAUCCUCGCUCAACUCGGCGACGGGCGAGGGCGUCGCCCGGUACGCCGGCUUCUCGCGGGCCCGGACAUCGGGGGCAGCUCCGGCGGAAAGCAUGGCAGAGACGCGGUGCUCUGACGCAGUCGUCUGCCGCGAUGAGAUCUCGUGGUCGAGCGCGUCGCCGCGCACCAACUUCACGCAGCUCCUGCCUCAGACUAGCCACGGCGACAACGUGCGCCGCAAAUCCAUCCUCGACAAGAUCACCAGUCUCAUGGCGCUCGUGCAGGGCUCGCUCCGCUGCGCGCUCGCCUCGGGCACAUCCGACGCGGAGCAAGGGGAGGAGACGGCAGCGGAUAUCGUCGACGGCUUCCUCAAGCAGCACGCGGACUUCGUCGCCGAGCUGCGGCGUGCAAACCUUGAUGAGAAGCUGAAUGCGGACGGUUUUGGGGUUGGCUGGUACCACAAGCGGGGCGGCGCAAUCUUCCGGUCGGUGACGGCCGCGUGGAACAACAGCAACCUGCGGGAGCUCUCCGAGUCCAUCGAGUCACGCUGCAUCUUUGCGCACCACAACGGACACGUCGAGGGCUUUGACCGCAUCAAGCGGCGAGUGUUCGCUGCGAUGCGCGAUGACGUGUACCACUGGGUGCAGGGCACUACCGACUCGGAGGCGUGCUUUGCCCUCAUCCUCUCCCUCAUCGAGCCAGAGCUGCUUGCCGGUGGCGAGUGCGUGCCAGUGGCCGUGCUGCGCAAGGCGAUGCUCAGCGCCAUCGCAACACUCCGGGGCUUCCUCGCGGAUGCGGGCGUGUUCAACUUUGCCCUGACGGACGGCAGUUCAGUGGUGGUGGCGCGCUACUGCGACAAGGCUCCCGACAUCCCGCCACCCUCUCUCUACUACGCGUUUGCGUCAUCGCACCAGCUUCAGCUGCAACUGAGCCAGGCCUUGACCUCCAGCCGAGAUGAUGCUCAGGAACACACCUUUCGAAAUCAGGCCCGUCUAAGCAGGCUGAACCGCUUGUGUGCCGAGGGCGGCGAGGCGCCACAGAACCCAGGGCACGGCUCAACUUUUGGCUGCACCUGCCCAAAGUGCCGCAAGCUCGAGCAGACUGUAGAGGGCGGCGCCUUCAUCUGUGCGUCUGAGCCACUCACCACCAAUACAAGCGAGUGGUUCUUGAUGAAGGAGAACUCGAUGAUCUCAUUCACGGCGGGAACGCCUAGCGCGGACGACGAAUCCGAGGCUGAGGAGUGCUCGCGGCUCAAGGCGAUGCGUCUAGACCAGGCAACGCCUUGCCAACGGGCUGCCUUCUCCAAGGCCGUCUCUACCAAGGCUGCACGUAACCCCACCGUCACGACCUCGCCAGCGGUGCCGGCACAGAGCCCGAAGCGAAGGAGCAGUUGGGAAGCGCUAAGGUCCUUCGUCGACGAGCAGGGAGCCAGGCCGGGGCCGGAGGCGGAGGCGGAGGCGCGCGCGCGCGAAGACCCGAAGUCCAACCUAGACGUCGUCAGCCUCGACUAGCGCCUCGCGCCGCGCUGCACGACGGUCUCCGACGAGGCGUUUCACUCCCGAUGCAUGUGUUCGUCUUGAUACGCUAACUACUCCAACAUUGUCGUGCGUCUCUCUCUCUCUCUCUCUCUCUCUCUCUCUCUCUCUCUCUCUCUCUCUCUCUCUCUCUCUCUCUCUCUCUCUGACAACUGCGAUGCGCUUCGCCGAGACCUCGAUAGAGUAGUGCUGAAGGCGCUCUUUUUGAACGAACAAAAAUGUUCCCCUU